GUAGUGGUACUAGUAAUAGUAGUAACAGUAUUGGUAGUAGUAGUAGUAGCAGUAAUAGUAGAAGAAAGGUCGGUCAACUGAGGCAACGAUGACGAAUCCGGAAUCUUACGCGUUCAUCGGCACGUGGGAGAUUGUGGAGUCCUACCUGGACGGAACAACGGAGAAGCUGGGCCUCGAAGGGAUCAAGUUCCGGUUGGAUGAAAUGGGCGACAUCAUCUGGUACAACGAUCUGGUUAAUACGACCAAGGUUUCCUCCACUCGGCGGCUCAACAGUCUGGACGGGUCGGCGUUCUGCCCGAUCGCCGAUUCCACCGCGGUCCUGUUUAGCUGCGAAACGUUCGAGGUGGUCGAGCUGCCGUCCUCGGGUGGACCCGGUCUCAUCUUCGGUGCCUACACCGGCCACAGCAUCGAGUUUCGCACCAGCACGUACAGCCCGCGCGAACGGAUGGCGCUGCGGUGCGAUGGCUGGUGCCAGCUGAGCUGCCAGCGCGUCAAGGACGACCAGUCGGUUGGGCAGGAGGAACCGUUCACCCUGCUGUCCGUGCUGAACGAUGGCAACUUCUGUGAUGUGACGCUCAAGAGCAGUGAUAACAUGAUUUAUAAUGUACACUCACCGAUACUGCGGCUGAAUGGGUUCGACUGUAGCAGCAUGACGGCCGCCUCCACCUACCAGCAUCUGGCGAGCCGGUUCGAGUGUGCGGCAGGGCGUGAUGCGGUCACCGACGCUCAACCGGCCGCACCACUCGCUCAUCCACCACUGGUCAAGGUGUCGUCCGUACCGUGCGCCCGUACGGCAGCAGCAGCAGCAGGAGGAGGAAUUGGAGGAGCAGCAGGAACAAUAACGUACCGCAGCCCACCGCGCCUUACGAUCGGCCACCCGUCGGCGGUGUCGGUUAGUGCGAGCGCCACGCCCGGUCUCGAUCUAAGCGGUCCGCUCCUUCUUCACGCACCCCUCCCCUCCUGCUUCUCGCUCAACUCGAACCUGCUCCUACCGCCGUCAUCGCUGGACGCCUACAACCUCUCACCCAAGCACCAAGUGACCAACAUAUCGAACUCCUUCAACUGUCUUACCGCCAGCGCCGCUGCCGGUGGUGGCAGUUCCUGUUCCACCGGUGGUUCCACCGGUUCGAUCUUUCUCGAUGUGCCGCGCCGCGUCGCAUCCUGCUCCGAUUCCAAUCUGAGCAGCAACCGGAAUGUGUUCUACUUCCCCGAGACAACGCCGGCCACGGUAAACGCCGCGACGUGCCGGGUCAAGUUCAAACCGCCGGCCUCGCCCGGUCUGUUCCGAGCCCGGAGCCCCUCGCCCUUUCCCAACUCGACGCUCGAUACGCCACCGUCGUCCCCGCUUACGCCGCUCUCGGUGCUUAACCAUCUGCCAUCGAACAUGCUGGCGACGAUACUGCACUGGCUGUACUGCGAGUGUUUGCCGGAGCAGCUGGACGAGGACACCUGCAUACAGCUGAUCAACAUGUGCGAGAGCACGAUGCCGCUCGCCCGCAUGAGCGAACCGUGCAAACACUACCUACGGAACCUGCAGCUCAAAAAGUUUGUGGUCGACAUCAUCAGCGAUCUGCACGCUAGCCUCAACCAUCUGAUACAGCUGGUGAACCCGGCCAGCAUCUCGCGCAGCCCCUGUGUCCUCUGCCAGGUGUUCAAGGAGGGCGUGAAGGAGACGCUGAUCGCCAUCGUGAAGUUGCUGCAGUUCUGCAACAUCUUUACGAAAGACGCGACAACCUUUACGCGCCAGCAGCGCCACGAGAUCAUCAAGUACGUGCGGACGCGCAUGCCGAUCUACCUGUCGCAGGUGCACCAGCUGCUGCAGAACGUGCACCUGGUGCUGGGCGGGCUGUCCCAGGAGGACCGGAACGAUCUCGUCUCCUACCUGGUGCCGGAAAUAACGGCCGCCCUCGAGCUACUGACCGCGGCCGUCUCCGAGAUCAAGCACUCGCUGGAGAAGGUGUGCAAGGAUCUGAAGGGCACCACCACGGCACAGGCGCAAGCGCAGCCACCGGACCACCAGACGGAGUGCCAGGGGGAGGCGGAAUCGAGUCGUAAUCAGCGCCCGGCGCUGGCACGCGACAGGGAUGGUGGUGCGCGCUCAACCGGCAACCGGAACCGCAGUGGCACGGGGGGUACGGGUGCCUCCUCCGAGUCCGACCUUCGGUUUUUCCUCUACAUGUACGAGGUGAAGAAGAUGCGCGACAUUUAUGGGCGCGUAACGAGCGCCCUCGAGGUACUGCUACACAAGAAGGGCGUGUUCAACGAGAUGAACCUGCUACAUCAGCACCAAACGGUCCGGCGCAAUCUGGAUCAGCUGACGGUCGAGGUACCGGCGGCGAUCGGUCAGCUCGAGGAGCUGUGCGAUACGAUCGACGAGAAGAUUGGCUGGAAGGAGUUCAAGUUUUGCUUCAAAUUUCUCACCAGCCAAGUGAAUGGAAUCGUGUCGAAGCUGCUAGAGCACAAGUCGGCCUUAAACGAUGCCAUGCUUUACAUCGCGACGCUGGUGCAGAAGGAACAGUUCACGUACGCGCUGGUCGAGCUCGGGCUGCUCGAUCGCCGGAGCGUCGAUCCGGGGUUGCUGGCGGAGUGUGCCCAGCGGCGGAGCGCGGUACGGUCGGGUGCCCAGCGGCGGUUCGAGUACGCGAGCGUCAAGAUGAACCUGGUGCAGAACCUGUGCGAAUCACCGACCGCCGCCCACAGCAGCCUGUCGAAGAACGCGCUGAAGCUGCUGCACUCGGGCCAGCUGGCGGACAUGGAGUUCGAGGUGGUGGUGCCGCCCCCUGCCGACCAGACCACGGAUAGCGGCAGUAGCAGCAGCACCACCACCACCACAGCCACAGGCAAUGACUUUGCCAGCCCGGACGUGCUACGGUUGAAGGCUAGCCAGUCGCACUGCUUCAAGGCCCAUCGCGUAAUGGUGGCGGCCCGGUGCGAUUGGUUUCGGAAGGCGCUACUGUCGGGCAUGCAGGAGGACAUUAACCGCAAGAUCGUGAUUUACGAUACCUCGCCUGUGAUAUUCCGGCGGCUGCUGCUCUACCUGUACGGUGCACCGGUCGACAAGUCGGUCGGUGUGGAUCAGCUGUGCGAGCUGAUGCUGCUGGCCGAUCGCUACUCGGUCGACAACCUGAAGGCGAUCUGCGAGGAGACGCUGGUCGCGACGAUCGACGGCGAGUCGGUCAUCUAUCUGUACGGUAUCUCGGAUCGCUUCAAUGCGGCAGCGCUGCAGGCGAGCUGCCUCUCCUACCUGUCGCAGCACACCGAGCUUACCCAGCUCGACAUCUUCCAGGAGCUGCCCGGUUACCUGCAGAAUGAGGUGCACGAGCUGAUACGGUGGUGCGGGCGGGUACCGGAACCGUGGUGCGAUCGAACCGAACGGUCCCGCUCCGACCGGACGCGCCACAGCCUCAAGAGCCCCUCGAAGGGUUCGUCCCGGUCGUCCCAUUCGUCGCGCAAGACCUCACCCUCCUUCAUGUGACCGUGAA